GGCACCCGCGGGGCCACAGAGGCCGCGCGCCCAGCCGGCCCGCACCGCGCCAUGGCCCCGCGCGCCCGGCGGCGCCGCCCGCUGUCCGCACUGCUGCUGGCGCUCUGCGUGCUGCUCGUCCCGCUGCAGGUGACCCUCCUGGUCGCUCCUCCAUGCACCCGGGAGAGGCAUUAUGAGCACCUUGGACGCUGUUGCAGCAAAUGCGAACCAGGCAGAUACCUAUCUUCCAAGUGUACUCCUGCCGCUGAUAGUGUGUGCCUGCCCUGUGGCCCAGAUGAGUACUUGGACACCUGGAAUGAAGAGGAUAAAUGCUUGCUGCACAAAGUCUGUGAUGCAGGCAAGGCCCUGGUGGCAGUGGACCCUGGCAACCACACGGCCCCACGGCGCUGCGCUUGCACCGCUGGCUACCACUGGAACCCAGACUGUGAAUGCUGCCGCCGCAACAUGGAGUGUGCGCCAGGCUUCGGAGCCCAGCAUCCCUUGCAGCUCAACAUGGAUACGGUGUGCACGCCCUGCCUCCUAGGCUUCUUCUCAGAUGUCUUUUCAUCCACGGACAAAUGCAGACCCUGGACCAACUGUACCCUCCUUGGAAGGAUAGAAGCACACCCUGGGACGAAGAAAUCAGAUGUGGUCUGCAGCUCUUCUCUGACCCUGAGAAAACCACCCAAGGAAGCCCAGAUUUACUUGCCCAGUCUCAUCAUUCUGCUCCUCUUCGUCUCUGUGGUGUUAGUUGCUGCCAUCGUCUUUGGCGUUUACUACCGGAAGGGAGGGAAAGCCCUGACAGCUAAUUUGUGGAACUGGGUCAAUGACACUUGCAGAACCCUAAGUGGAAAUAAGGAGUCCUCACCUGACAGUUGUAUCGGUGCCCACUCGACAACUUCCAAUCAGCGGGAAGUGUGUGAAGGCAUCUUCCUCAUGACUCUGGAGGAGAAGAUGCUUCCAGAAGACAUGUGCUAUCCAGAAGAUGGAACUGGCGCCUGUGGGCCUGUGUGUGCAGCAGGCGGGCCCUGUGCCGGGAGCGGAGAUGCCUUGAUGUUCACAUUGGUCAGCGAAGUUGAGACCCAAGGGGACCUCUCAAGGCAGAUUCCCACGGAGGAUGAGUACACAGGCCGGCCCUCACAGCCCCCUGAGGAGUCCCUGUUCCUGAUCCAGCCUGGAAGCAAAUGCACACCCCCUUUCCGGGAGCCUCUGGAGGUCGGGGAGAAUGACAGUUUAAGCCAGUGUUUCACAGGGACCGAGAGCACCAUUGACUCUGAAGGCUGCAACUUCAUUGAGCCGCCACGCAGGACUGACUGUGCUCCUUGGUCCCCUGAAAAGUACUUGAAAAAAGAAAUAGAGGGUGACAGUUGCCCACCCUGGGUGGCCAGCUCCAACUCAUCAGAUGGCUAUGCAGGCUGUGGGAACACUCCUAAAGAGGACCACGAGCCCCUUAUGGGUUCUCUGAAGUGUGGACCAUUACCCCAGUGUGCCUACAGCAUGGGCCUUCCCAGCGAAGCAGCAGCCAGUGUGUCAGAGGCGGGAGAGCAGCCCCAGGACCAGGCUGAUGAAAAGCUUCCGAGCUCGGAGAGGGGAGCCUCUGGGUCUGGGGGUUCCCCCAGUGACCAGCCACCUGUGUCUGGAAACGUGACGGGAAACAGCAAUUCCACGUUCAUCUCCAGCGGGCAGGUGAUGAACUUCAAGGGGGACAUCAUCGUGGUGUACGUCAGCCAGACCUCGCAAGAGGGCCCUGGCCCCGCGGAGCCGGAGCCGGAGCCAGAGCCAGUGGGCCGCCCGGUGCAGGAGGAGACGCUGGCGCGCAGAGACUCCUUCGCGGGCACGGCCCCGCGCUUCCCUGACACGCGCGCCACCGGGGCGGGGCUGCAGGAGCAGGGCGCAUCCCGGACGGAGGAUGGGACCACGCGGCCGGUGCAGGAGCAGGGCGGGGCGCAGGCUUCACCCCGAACCCAGGGAUCCCGACAGUGUGCAGAGUGACCCCCGCGUUGGAUGCUUGUCCUGAGCGCAGGGCACCAGUGACUUUCCCUAAACAGACUUCUUGUGGCCAGCCACUGCACACCUCCUCGCAGGGGUAGGCUGUGGGCGUGACCCAUCUCUCACUUCCUCCUGUGGUCUCUCCUCUGCCUCCCACCACCCAGUGUCAUUCA